AUGCCUGAUAGAAGUGUUUCAUUUAAAAUUCCACAGACAGGUUCGUAUGUAAUCCGUGUACUUCAAGAAGAUAAGUCAGAUAUCCUCAAGGUGGCACAAAAUCACCCAAAUGAAGAUAAAAUUAUUUGCUUGUUAAAAAUUUCUCACAGCAAAUUGAUGAGAGAAAUUGUAACCACACAACUGUCACACCAAGAUUUGGAGUUUUAUAGUGGCGUGUACACUUAUGGAUUUUUAACAAGUAAAAAUAGAGUUGAGAUUCUUGGUAUGAGAUGUGAUGUAAUGCAGACCGAUACUGAAAUAUUCCAAUUUAAGUAUUAUCUUGAACAUUUAGGAAAAUUCAACCUUGUUCAUGGAGAACCUCUUUAUCGUUUAUGUGGAUUUGUUAUGGCUAUAUUUGCCACCUGUGCAAAACAACAAGAAAAAAUCAACAUGUUCUUGAAAACAUACCCCAAAUCAGAUGAAAAUAGCAUUUUAAUUGCUGAGAAGUUAAAGAAAAAACAAUCUGUCUUUGAGGUCUCUGACGAAAUAAGAAUAUGGCAUGGUUUUAAUAGAUAUGUAGUUGGAAAAGUGGAGUCUGUUCAGAUAUUCAAGGGAAAGUCUAUUGCUAGAGUUAAAUUAUUAGAAUCACCAAAAUAUUUAUAUAUCAAGCACUCUAUAGAACAAACAACUCCUAGAGUACCUCAAUCUAUGGGUUUUCCUUGCACAAUAGAGGUCAAACGAAUAGAUUAUCAUGUUGAGAUAUCAUUUGAAGGUGAAUGUUUGAUAGAUGUAAAAUUAGAUUUUGAAAAAGCUUUGAAAAUGAUUGUUCAAUUAUUGGUUGAAAUGGGAAAUGUUCACAUGUUACAAUAUAUUCAUAAUGAUGUGAAAAGAAGUAAUAUUGUUAUUUACAACAAUUUUACCAAGUUAAUUGACUUUGAACUAGCAAAGAAUUUUGACUCUUAUGAUAGGGAGAAUCAAAUUUGUGAACUUUUUGGCGACAAGGUUUAUUCCAAAGCAGGAACUCCAAAUAUGAUGCCUCCAGAAAAAGAAAAAACAGGAUCUGGUUAUAUUACACCUAUGACCGAUAUUUAUUGUUUGGGAAUUGUUAUUUCAGAAAUAUUAGAUAGGAAUCUUACAGUUUCACCAUUUUCAGAAAAUCAAAAACGAGUGAUAACUAAGAUACGAGAAAUGAGUACAAAUAUGAUCCACAAAGAUCCAAAACAGAGAUGGGAUACAGAUCGGUGUCUUGAAUAUCUUCAAUAUGAAAAAAUCAUUUCAAAAAAUGAUAUUCUCCAUGAAAAGGAAAAUCAUGACAGAACCACAGAGUUUAUUAAUAGUGAAACACAAAAAAACCUUAGAUCCUUUUCAAAAAUUUUCCAAAUUCCUUGCCUAUCUAAGCAGAAAUCAAUCACACUUGAAACAAUUCUAUUGGUUAAUGCACCACCAAUCUUUCAAAAUUGUCUCGCUUGGUGUCCAAACGAAAUUAAUGUAAAGUAUCAAGUUGCUACCACUGUCAAAGCAGUUAAACAAAAAUUACAUGGUUUGAGUGCGACUAUUCUCUGCUCAACCAAGAGCGAAGUUGAUGAAAAGUAA